AUGUUUCUAUAUAAACGGGGCCUCCAUCACUUAAAUGUCAUUAUCAAGCACAAGUUGGAAGCUGAAAAGACAUCUGCUGCUUGUAUUAUUUACCAACAACGUCAAGUGUUAUUCAUAGCAGCUAAGAAUAAGAUAUUUUACAAUGUAUUACUACCAAACAGUUUUGUACUUUUCAGUAAUCUGCUUGCUGUCAUUGCAGACAGUGGUUCAGAGUUUACCAGCAAAACAAUGUGUCGGUAAAGCAGCGAACAUCAUGUUUGUACUAGAUUCUUCUAGUAGUAUAUGGAUUGUCGAUUAUAAAAAACAACUGAAAUAUGUGCAAAGACUUGUAGACAACUUUAACGUCGGUGUAGGUAAAUCUCAAGUUAGCGUUGGAGCCAUUACGUUCAGUGAUAGAGCUCAUCUCGAGUUUUCUCUUGAUCAAUAUACAGACAGCCAACAAGUGAGAAAAGCAAUAGAUAACAUUCCUUACAGAACUGGUCAAACUAACACAGCGGAAGCAUUGCAAGUUUUGAGAUCAGAACUGAAACCGAAACUACAGUCAUCUUCAUCUCCUUUCAUUGCAAUUGUUAUCACUGAUGGUAAAUCACGUGAUACGAAAGCCACAAAAAAAGAGGCCAAGUUACUUCAUAAACUUGGAGUCCACGUUUAUGCUAUUGGUGUUGGAAGUAAUUACGAUUUGGAAGAAUUGAAAGCUAUUGCAAGUGAUCCCGUCAACAAUGUGUAUCAAGUGACCAGUUAUUCAGCAUUGCAGGAAAUAAAUAAAGAUUUUGGAGUAAAACCCUGUGAAGAUAUCACAACUCCAUCAACAACUACACAAACCACCACAACCACAGAACUUUCUACAAUAACUACUCGAGAUUCCACAACCACGAGACCAACCACAACAACAUUAAAAUCAACAACUUUAUUUCAUUUGCCCAAAAUUACCAAAGAAAGGCCAAAAACCAUAACCGGCAAGCCAAUGGAAAUUCCUCAACGAGAUCAAACUUCAUCUAUUGUAUUUGGAUAUGACCUAAUCUCUAUGGGAAGCUACAGAGCCAACAUGAUUACACAGUUUAUCAAUGCUAUGCUGCCGUACACUGGAUAUGGAAAUUUCAGAGUUGUGUCGUUUGCCCACUGUCCGGUUACCUUCAAUGUUCCUGUGACUUCAUUAAUCGGCAAAUCCUACUUGGAAACAAGAAACAGCGUUAAUAUAGAAGUUCCCGGAUUAGCGAAUGUUAUACGUGAGAUGAGAAAAGGAAAGGAAGUAAAUGAUAAUCCGAUUAUUUCGAAAAAGAACACAGCUGUUUUGUUUGUCGAUCCUUCAGUAACUGCGAUUACACAAGAAGUAUUAGAAGAAAGUGAAAAGCUUAAGAAUGAAGGCAGUAAAGUAUUCUUAGUGAAUGUAGGUGGUAAUAUUUGGCCACAACCUCAAUUACUGCAUUCACUUAGCAGCCAACCUUAUAACAACUACAUUUACAAUGCCCCAUCUUACAAUCAAUUAUUAUACAAAGCUCACAAUACGCCUUUCAAAUUCAGAGCUAUGUGCAAGGGGUACCGUAACAGUAAUUAAGAUUGGUUUCUGUUUAAUUUAUUUCUUUUUAUUCAUGUGCUGACCAUCUUCCAUCUGACUGCGGGACAGUCAGACAUUUAUGUUAUGUUUUUGGCGUUUUCAUCAUUAUCUGUGCAGUUUAUACUGCGCAAAUGAUGAUAAAAUUAGUUACCCAAGCACCUGUGAAUAUAUACCUAAGGACACAUACAUUCACGCAUACCCUUGCCACAGAACUACAAUUCCUUAAUAACAAAAACGAACAUUCCAUUUUAGAUGUUAUAAAUAAAUAUUAUUAUUACAACUUA